UUUACCAUGUUUCAAUUACUCGGAAAUUAAGCUACAUUCGUUUUGUGGUUUAUGCACACCGUAUUCAAUUUGUUUUAGGACAUGCUUAAGAUACAAGGAAUCGAUAUUUGAAAUCGGCUGACCUCUGAUGAUGGCGCGCCCUGGGAUUCCAAAAGACGCCAGAAACAUCACGUUAUUGACGUUGAUGUCAGGUUACAGGCUUAUCUUCUUUUUUUGUCUGUUAACCAAUCAUAUAGUAUCCGUGAAAUCGAAAAUGCCGAGGAUUCAGAAACGAUUUACGCCAGACGAUGUUUGUACGAAAACAUUUAAAACUAUCAAUUCUGUAAAUGGCUGCCCAACAGAUGAGGAGAGUAUCAAAAAAAGGUCAAGUGAAUUUAACUGCAAAGAUGUUGGUGAUUCUUGUACCAGUGAAGAUUUGGUGUAUCAUUGCGUACAUUCCUGCAGAACAAUCCUGGAAGUCUGUUCCCCAAGACGUUAUGUUACUGGCAAAUACGGUGUCCAGUUCGACAAUAAAAUAGGACGAGUAAUAGAAGAUUUUAAUGUUCCUUGUCCAGAGUGUCCGUUCCAGCAUUACUCAAACGAUUCCAUUACCUAUGCGACAUGUUUGAAAAAAAUACAGUCUUUGACUGUUGUUCAAAGCACUGUGAUGUCAACCGAUGUAUCCACAACAAGCUUGAUACCUUCAACGUCAACUCCGGGCACAACAAAAUUGAUCGGCAAUACCAACUGCACGUCCUCUAGAAGACCGUCCUUUAAAAGACGUAAAAAAAGACACGCCGAUUGCAAUCAGUGUUGUCAAAAUGAACCUACUAGCACGGAAGAAUCUAUCGAAUAUAUGAAUUCAAAUAAGUCAAUUGUGAACGGAGAUAAUGAGGAGAGUUCCUGGGAUCAUAUUUUUGGCAUCUCAGUCCUUUUCGUAUUUUUUAUUGUUGGGAUUUGUGUAGCCUUACUGUAUUUUACUUUCUUAAAAGGAUUUUUAGAACCUGCAAAGAAAUCAAUGACAAACUUUGAUAAAUGGACAUGUCCUGAAAAGAAACAGAAUUGUCAAAGCUUCAGUGGCGUGACAGACGUAUAAUGAUUAUUUCACAUCUUCAACAGAUUGGAUCAGGUAAAUGAGAAACCUUAAUAGACAAACAAUGGUCCUAUUUGGGUGUGGAGGAAACUAUUACAUUUUAAGUGAUCAAAGUUUUUACUCCUAACAGGAAACAGAAAGGAACAGAUAAUGAAAAUACAGUUUUAUUAUGCACUGUGAUUAAUGAGACAAGUUCAUGUAUUAAAACAAGAAGGAAACGUAUCUUACACAUGUAAUUAAUUUGGUAUUAUAUUUGAAGAUUAUACCUUCAUUAACAAUCCACGUCUAAGAAGAAGGUUAUUUCUUGUAUUUCUGCACUUUUAAUCAUCUUCAUUUUUAAUAUUAUUUUCACUCAUUGCAUGUUCCAGCUGAUACUGUUUAUACAUGUAUAAAUCAUUUUUGAAGUGAAUUUAAGAUGCUUACACGUACAGCAUACUCAGAUUCUAAAUAAAAGUUACAUGAAA